AUGAUUGAGCGCUGGCGACCGGAGACCCAUACAUUUCAUCUCCGCACUGGCGAGGCUACCAUCACCCUGCAGGAUGUCAAGGUGAUUUAUGAUCUACAGAUUGAUGGACAGGCAUUGUAUAGAGUGGAGCCUCCGGAGAUACUGCCGUAUCGUCAGGAGUUGACUAGGCUCACUGGUUUCAAGCCUCUGCAGAGGGAUAUGCGUGGACGGAGUCGGUUGUUGCGGUCCUCCCUCCAUGCUCACUUGCGCCUCGUAGAUCUGCAGGGUCCAAUUGACGAGGCGACGCCUCAGGCUGAUGUUGACCGACGUGCUCGCUUAUAUCUUCUCAUCAUAUUUGGGGGCAUCAUGUUUCCGAACACGUCGGGUGCGGAUAUGAGCAUUCGGUAUCUGCUCUUUUUUGAGGACCUAGACCGAACCGGGAUGUUAUAG